GCGCUCGCGGACGGCGCGCUGCUCCGCGCCGCGCUCGACAAGCUCGCUCGUCCCGCUUCCCCGCGCGACGAGGGCGGAGCGGCGGCGGCGGAGCGCGAUGUCGGGCGGUUCCUCGCGGCCGUGGAGCGGAUGGGCCUCCCCAGCUUCGCGCCCUCGGACCUCCAGAAGGGCCCGAUGUCAGCUGUGGUUGCCUGUCUUCUUGCACUAAGGGACCAGUUUGUCUCACAUGCUGGGGAAGGCUGGACCUGUGGCCUUCCACAAAAUGGGAGGAUGCACACCAUGAGAUUUCCCGGGAGGGAGAAUGGCCAGGUCACACAAAAUUCUGAAGCAAGAGAAGAUGGCAAACAAAUGGAAACAACGCUACAAAAGGUCUCCAAAAGUCCAGCCAUGUCAGAACCAUCAUCUGUUAUAUCACGGCCUGAUCCAUCUUCUACAUCGCGGCAUGCUGGACGCAAUUUUCAUGAAGUCUUCCAACUGAGGCAAGGAGGUUAUUCUGAUCUGCCUAGUUCUAAAAUUUCAGAUAUGAUGAAAUCCACCAGCUUGGAUAAUGCCCCUACUCAGUCACUUCUGAGUGUUGUGAAUGGUAUCCUCGAUGAGAUUAUUGAGAGGAAGAAUGGUGAAAUUCCUUAUCAUCUUGCUUUCUUGUUGAGAAAGAUCGUAUUGGAGGUUGAACGACGAAUUUCUACGCAGGCAGAGCACAUAAGAAAUCAAAAUAACCUUAUGAAAGCACGCGAAGAGAAAUACAAAUCAAGGAUAAGAGUGUUAGAGGCACUAGCCAGUGGGAAAAUACAUGUAAGCUCAAAUGCAACAAAUGGAAAAGCACAUGUUGCUGCAGAGCCUGUGCACCAGAUGAAGAUGGAGAAAGAAAAAUUUGAAGAGAAAAGGCAAUUACUUGAGGAAGAUCUGACAAAGCUGACGAAGGACAAGGAAAGUGUAACUAGACUGACAAAGGAUAAGGAAGAUAUGGCUAGAUUGUUGAAUGACAAGGAAGACAUAAUUAGAUUGAUGAAAGAGAAGGAAGAAAUGGCUAGAUUAAUGAAAGAGAAGGAAGACACGGUUAGCUUGAAGAAAGGCAAGGAUGGAGAUAGAAAUCAAUCAGCAGAUGAACAUAUAGCUAAGCCAAUUAUGUAUAAAGAUGAACUCAUCAGUUUGAUGAAGGAGAAAGAAAAUUAUAAAAUUACAAUUAUGAAAUUAAAGUUAGAAUUAGAAGCUAUGAAAUCAUCAUGUGAAAAGAGCCACAGCCUGUUGGAAACUAAGAGCGAAGAUGUACUUAAUCUUCUAAAGGAUAAAGAGAACAGCGGCAACAUAAUAUCACAACUCAGGCAAGAGCUUGCCGCGGCAAGAAGAUCACAUGAGACAUAUAUUCAAGAUUUGAAGACUACGGCUUUGCAGGAAAAUAGGGAUUUUGAACAAAGGAUAAAGGAAGUGGAGCUAAAGCUAGAAGAUUCUACUAAGAGAGGAAGAUAUCUUGAAGAAUUGUUGGAAUCAAGAAUCAAAACCUGGGAGCGAAAGGAAAUCAUGCUGAACCAAUUUGUAGGUGUACAAAUGCAGAAUAUUCAGGAUUUGAGGUUGUCUUCUGUUUCCAUUAGGCAUGAAAUCCAAAACUGCCAGAAGAGAUGGUCUGAAGAACUUAGUGGCCUUGGGAAAAGCCUUAAAAUAUUAGCGAAUGCUUCAGAGAAGUAUCACGCUACUCUUGAAGAAAACAGAAAAUUGUUCAACGAGGUUCAGGAGCUAAAAGGAAAUAUCAGAGUCUUUUGCCGGAUAAGACCUUUUCUUCCUAACGAGGAUCAUAAGUCUAGUACAACUGAAAUUACUGGUGAUAACGGUGAACUCAUUUUAGCAAACCCUACAAAAAUUGGAAAAGAGGGGAAUAAGUUGUUUAAAUUUAACAAAGUUCUUGGCCCCACUACUUCUCAAGAUGAGGUAUUCAAGGACAUUCAACCACUAGUUAGAUCAGUCCUUGAUGGCUAUAAUGUUUGCAUUUUUGCGUAUGGACAAACUGGAUCAGGAAAAACCUACACAAUGACUGGACCUGAAGAUGCUACUGAGGAGGAAUUGGGUGUCAAUUUCAGAGCUCUGAACGACCUGUUCCUUAUAUCACGCAAUCGAGGAGAUACAUUCAAUUAUGAAGUUAGUGUUCAAAUGAUUGAAAUAUACAACGAACAAAUCCAUGAUCUCUUAGGAAGCAAUGGUUCAGAGAAGAAUCUAGGGAUUUUGAAUUCCAGUCGUCCCAAUGGGCUUGCUGUUCCUGAUGCAACAUUGCAUCCUGUCAACUCAACGACCGAUGUUAUUGAGUUAAUGAGAACAGGACUUGGGAACCGAUCUGUGGGUGCAACAGCACUGAACGAGCGAAGCAGCAGAUCUCACAGUGUUGUCACUGUACACGUUCAAGGUGUAGAUUUGAAAACUGGAGCUACUUUGCGCGGGGCUCUCCAUCUUGUUGAUCUUGCUGGGAGUGAAAGGGUGGACCGUUCUGCUGUUGCAGGCGAUAGACUCAAAGAAGCACAACACAUCAAUAAAUCUCUGUCUGCUCUUGGAGAUGUUAUAUUUUCUUUAUCACAGAAGAUUUCUCAUGUGCCAUAUCGAAACAGCAAACUUACACAAGUCCUGCAGAGUUCUUUGGGUGGCCAUGCAAAGACCCUCAUGUUUGUGCAGAUCAAUCCAGAUGUGUCAUCUUAUGCAGAGAGUUUAAGUACUUUGAGGUUUGCUGAAAGGGUUUCGGGAGUGGAACUAGGUGCUGCAAAGGCAAAUAAAGAGGGCAAAGAUAUAAGAGAAUUUAAGGAACAGCUCUCACUGCUCAAAGAUAAAAUUGCAAAGAAGGAUGAAGAAAUCAACCAGUUACAGACUCACAGUCCAAGGGUAAAGACAGGCAAACGUGUUGAUUCCUUGCUGAAACAUUCGUCCUCCUCCCCAGGCAUAUCAUCCCUUGGAAGCAAAAUACAACAUCGAAGAACGGCAUCUGGUGGAAAGGCAAUGGGCCUUAUCAGUAGGGCAGGCUCCGAUGCUGAUAACUUCUCUGAGAUCAGUGACAGGCAUUCCGAAACUAGCUCUAUGCAGUCGGUUGAUGAUAUCCAGCAGCAGAGGGAGAUUACGGUACUUUCCAAGCUCCCUGAAGACGAGGUGGGUUCGAAUUCAGCUGAUCCUGAGCUUGCCAGCUUUGGUUAUGCUGAUUCGGAGGGGAGGUUAAGCGAUAUAUCAGAUAGUGGCAUAUCCAUGGGUACAGAAACCGACGGCUCAAUAAGUAGCAUGAUUGACUUUGCUCUCUUCCCGGAGCAGGAAAAAAUAGCUAGCACAUGGAAAGAACAAGAAAAUGCGCCCAACACACCAAAAGAUCGACUACCUAAGGUGACCACUCGAGUACAAAAGGCAACAACACCAAAAACAGCCCCAUCUUCUAGUGUGUGGCCCAAAUCAAGAGAUUCUACUCCUAGAUCUUCAGCAUCAGCAAGCACACGAAGAAGCACAAUCACACAAGCAACAUCCUCACCAAGAACCUUGAAUACUCCAAAGCGAUGGAAUUAGCUCAAAGUCGAUGAACUUCUUCCAAUGUUCUUGUUCCUUUAUGUACAGAAAAUUCAGAAAGUAUUUUGAAGUUGAUGGCUGCUUAGUGAUGCUGCCCUUUAUUUAAGCGAGAAAUGUAAAUGGCAUUGUACAUACGACACUGCUUCGACAAAACAUUGUUGAGUGUUAAAUAGAAGAAAGGUUGUCAUUCUUGUUGUUUUA